UAAAAGGUGAUUAUCCUUCUUCAAUUAUUUAUAAUGAGCCUUCCAGUAGGUCUGGAAACUCAAGUGGUGGACUUCAUUCAAAAGCUCAAACGACGACAAAUUCUCGGCUCGUAUUAUGUAGCAAAAGAAACAGCGACUAUCUUGCGACAGGUGGUUUCUACGUCUCGUUGGCGUGACGCUAACGUAUUGAUUGACAUCAUUACACAUACUGGUGCUCGACUUGCUUCUGCUCAGCCUAACGAAUUGGCCGUGGGUAAUAUUGUAAAGCGUGUUUUAAAAGUUAUCCGUGAAGUUUCUCGAGGAGAAUUAGAAACUGAUGGCAGAGAUGAACGUGGAGAAGCUACACCUGAUUAUUCCAGUUUCGAGGAAGACGAAUUUGAGGAUUCAGAUAAAGAGGAACAGCCCAAUAUUUUCAAACAGUCUUCUACCGCCAGUAGUAUAAAUGGUUCAAUAAACGGUCACCCUGAAUUGUCGACCCAGGCGUCAAUGUUUAGGUUAUUGGCUGACAUGUCUACCUUAACUGUCAGAGAACAAAAGAGAGAGGAGAACGAAAAAAGAAUUAGGGACACAUACAAUUUGAAGCCUUUGAUCAUUCAAGAAAUUACCGAGGAAAUUAUUGCUGAUUUAGAUACCAUUUAUAAAGGAAUUGCAGAUCAAGCACUGGAUUUUAUUCAUGCCAAUGAGGUUAUUAUGACAAUUGGCAUAUCUCGCACUGUCCAGGAAUUUUUGAUGAGGGCUGCCCAAAAGCGUAAAUUUCAAGUCAUUGUCGCUGAAACUGCUCCUACAUACCAGGGCCACAAGAUGGCACUUUCAUUAUCCAAAGCCGGUAUUGAUACUACGGUUAUUGCUGACUCGGCAAUCUUUGCAGCAAUGCCUCGAGUCAAUAAGGUAGUCUUGGGGGCUCAUGCUGUUCUCGCAAACGGCGCACUUGUUUCUGUUUCGGGUUCUCAUUUAUUAGCAGCUGCAGCAAAACAUCAUUCCACUCCAGUUCUAGUCUGUACAGCACUAUACAAAUUGUCGCCUUUGUUUGCAUAUGUAGCUGAUGCUUUCAAUGUCACUGUAUCUCCUCAAAAUGUUUUGAACUUUCAAGAAGGACCGAUUAUUGAUAAGGUGACAAUAACUGAUCCUUAUUACGAUUAUGUUGGUCCUGAUUAUGUCAGUUUAUUUAUCCAUAAUCUCGGAUCUGCCCCACCAACGUAUGUCUAUAGAUUGAUUAACGACAACUAUGAUCCAGAAGAUUCAACCACAUUUUAA